AUGCUUCCCCUGUUCUCUGGACCCUGCUUGGACUUCACCGCAGACAUACUCGCCGUACCUUUCCGGCACUACGCGGUGUUUCACAGGUGGCAGGGUCGUGUCGCCACAAUUCUCCUUGCGGGUCACAUCCUCAGCGCUAUGGGAGACGACAAGUUCUCGGUCCAAGUUUCUGAAGGUGCCAGCGAGCUCCUCAUGGUUGCGGGAUCCAUCGCCAUGGUGGCAGCGGCAACAAUGACCUUUCUCCCCUUUUUCCGACGCCGUAUCUACGAGCUUUGUCUGAGAGCCCACCAAGCGCUUGCUUGUCUGGCAGCGGUGGGGCUAGCGUUCCAUCUGCGGUCGAUGGCCGGUCGCUCAUGGCUUUGGCUGUACGUCUAUCUUGCUGUGACGGCGCUGAUAACCUUUUCACAAAUGAGCCUGAUGGCGUUCCGUAACAAGGCGAUGGGACGAACGUCUGGCAGAGCCUACAUCAAUCAUGAUGCCGGGGCCGUGCGCGUCUCGAUUCAGCUAUCAAGGCCACUUACCUUCGAGGCGGGCCAGUAUUUGCUUGUGUGGAUGCCGAGAGUCCGCCUGUUGGAGAGCCACCCCUUCGUCGUGACCUCGUGGGCCGAGGCGGAACAGGACAUCGUCGAUCUUUUUAUCGAACCGUGCAGAGGGUUCACUUCCAGUCUUGUUCGGUAUUCCCACGAGCGCGCCGUGCCACGGCUGACCUUUCUUUCCGGCCCGCACGGCGUCAGCGUGCCGGUGUGGGACUACGAGGCGGUGCUCAUGGUGGCUACGGGUCAUGGAAUCGCAGCUCAGGCGCCGUACCUCAAGAAGCUGGUCUACGGAUACAACCACUGCAGAGGUCGCACGCGGCAGAUCCACCUUAUCUGGCAGGUAGCCAACCUCGGUGAGUUGAGGAAGACGUGCUAG